CCAUCACCAGAGCAGAGCAAGCAAGCAAGGGCGCUGUCCAAAGUAGAGAGAUAAAGAGGAGAAAGGAAGGAAAGAAGGAAGUGCUGCCACCAAGAAUCGUUCUUGGUUUCUCCUCUUUCUCUCUCGUAAAUAAAUAUUCAAGCAUUUUUCUCCUUCAUCCGUUCAUCUUUCAUCAUCAUCUUCAGCUCCAGGAAGAUACAAGCAUCUGAUCGAUUCAUUUCACCAUGAUCUCAUUAAAUGGAAGCGCUUUCCUGAACAAUUCGCUUUCUGGGGGGAUUUCUCGAAGUCGGUUAUGUCAAUCGGACCGGAGAAUCCAAGGACCGAAGGUGAUGGUGGUGGCUUCCACGAAUGCAAAUGGACGGUCGGGGGAGAGAAAUCUCUCUGUUGUGAUGGAGAACACUUUGAAAGAGAUGCUGGAUGGAUCUUCCACUACCAUGCUUGAUAACGAACCUAAGACUAGUGUUGGCGGUGGGAUGGAGGACUUUUAUGGUGAGGACACUGCCACUGAAGAACAUGCUGUAACUCCCUGGAGCACAUCUGUUGCAAGUGGUUAUUCAUUGUUGCGUGAUCCAAACCACAACAAAGGGCUUGCCUUCUCUGAUAAAGAGAGGGAUGCUCAUUACUUGCGUGGUCUUCUUCCACCAGUUGUUGUUUCUCAUGAUCUUCAGGUCAGGAAAAUGAUGCAUACUAUCCGCCAGUAUCAAGUACCCCUUCAGAGAUAUAUGGCCAUGAUGGAUCUUCAGGAAAUGAAUGAAAGCCUCUUUUACAAGCUUUUGAUUGAGAAUGUUGAGGAGCUGCUACCAGUAGUCUACACACCCACUGUUGGAGAGGCAUGCCAGAAAUAUGGCAGCAUUUUCAGGCGUCCACAGGGUCUUUUCAUUAGUCUGAAAGAGAAAGGCAAAAUUCUUGAGGUUCUGAAGAAUUGGCCUCAGAGAAACAUCCAGGUGAUUGUUGUUACUGAUGGGGAGAGGAUUUUGGGUCUCGGUGAUCUUGGUUGUCAGGGAAUGGGAAUACCUGUCGGAAAGCUCUCUUUAUACACUGCACUUGGAGGAAUUCGUCCUUCUGCUUGUUUGCCUGUAACGAUUGAUGUGGGAACAAAUAAUGAAAAGUUGCUUAAUGAUGAGUUUUACAUUGGCCUUAAGCAAAGAAGAGCAACGGGCAAGGAAUAUGCUGAACUUGUACACGAGUUUAUGGCUGCUGUCAAGCAGAUUUAUGGAGAGAAAGUCCUUAUUCAGUUUGAGGACUUUGCAAAUCAUAAUGCCUUUGAUCUGCUUGCAAAAUAUAGCAACACCCAUCUUGUUUUCAAUGACGACAUUCAGGGAACAGCAUCUGUGGUUCUUGCUGGUCUUAUGGCGUCUCGGAAGUUAGUUGGAGGAACCUUAGCCGAGCAAACCUUUUUAUUCCUCGGAGCUGGAGAGGCUGGGACAGGUAUUGCGGAACUUAUAGCUCUUGAAAUAUCAAAGCAAACGGGAGUCCCAUUAGAGGAGAGUCGCAAGAAGAUUUGGCUUGUGGACUCUAGGGGUUUAAUUGUUCGUUCACGUAAAGAAUCACUGCAACAUUUUAAGAAGCCUUGGGCUCAUGAACACGAACCAGUUAGAGAUCUGGCUGAUGCAGUGAAAAUAAUUAAGCCAACGGUGCUGAUAGGAACAUCAGGAGCCGCAAGAACAUUUACUAAAGAAAUAAUAGAGUCUAUGUCAUCCUUCAACGAGAAACCUGUCAUUUUUGCUUUGUCUAAUCCAACUUCUCAAUCUGAGUGUACAGCAGAAGAAGCAUAUAAAUGGAGUCAGGGUCGUGCUGUUUUUGCGAGUGGGAGCCCGUUUGAUCCUGUGGAAUAUGAAGGAAAAACUUAUAUCUCUGGUCAGGGAAAUAACGCAUACAUCUUCCCCGGUCUUGGUUUGGGUCUGAUAAUGUCCGGUGCAAUUCGUGUCCACGACGACAUGCUCCUGGCUGCCUCGGAAGCUCUAGCAGAACAGGUGACAGAGGAGAACUUCAGUAAAGGACUUAUAUAUCCACCAUUGACUAAGAUCAGGAAGAUUUCAGCCCAUAUUGCUGCAAAGGUGGCUGCCAAAGCUUAUGAACUUGGUUUGGCUACUCGUCUACCACAGCCUAAAGAUCUAAUGGCGUAUGCAGAGAAGUGCAUGUACAGCCCAAACUACAGAAGCUAUCGUUAAAAUAAAAUGGAGCUAGCCCUAGCUGCAUGUUCUCUUCUACCUUGCGAAAAUCAAAUAACUUGUGAUCUCUCUUCUCUAUAUCAAAACCAGAUUUAGUUUGAAUUUUGAGUGUUUUAGAACAUAGAGAAGAAUGGUUAAUAACUAAUGACUUGAUAGAUUUAGGGGAGGUUAUUACCUGUUUGUUUACUUUUGA